GUGUAGAUAACAGAUUGUACUCGGUCUCAGAUUAAACAGCUGGUACUACUGUGGUGCAGUCUCAAUCUGGCAGCUCUGCUGUGGUGCGCUGUUGAUUGGCAAAGUUAAGCAAGGUCUUGGAGGAUAUUGUUAAAAUAGCAUUCGCGAAAAUAACACAUAACAAUAGGUCGAGAUGGCUGCCCGUUCGGUCUUAAAAUAUUUGAAACCAAAGCUCGUGAUGUUCCAGAGCCACCGAUGUGCUUUUGUAUGUGGCUUCGAUCUUCAGCACAAAACUCCUACUAUCAAAAAGGUGAUGCCCAUGCCAAAGGCCCAAUAUGGUGGUAGGCAUACUGUCACCAUGUUACCUGGAGCUGGCAUCGGACCAGAGUUAAUGUCUUACGUUAAGGAGAUUUUUAAAUACGCCGGUGUACCAGUAGACUUUGAGGAUGUUGAUAUUGAUCCCAAUGCAGAUGACAAUAUUGACUUAGAUUAUGCAAUUACAUCAAUACGUAGAAAUGGAGUGGCAUUAAAGGGUAACAUAGAAACGCGCAGUACAGAAACUAGCGUUUUUUCACGAAAUGUUGCGCUGCGAAAUGAGCUAGAUCUCUAUGUAAACGUUCUGCACUGUGUAUCCUAUCCGGGCGUCAAUUCUCGUCAGAAAAACAUCGAUAUAGUGAUUGUCAGGCAAAACAUUGAGGGCGAGUAUUCCAUGCUGGAGCACGAGAGCGUCCACGGUGUUGUGGAAAGCAUGAAAGUUAUUACAGACUUCAACUCGGAGCGUGUCGCACGUUACGCGUUUGAGUAUGCCAAAAGAAAUGGCCGGAAGAAAGUUACGACGGUGCACAAAGCAAACAUCAUGAAACUAUCCGAUGGGCUCUUUUUGGAGACCUCGCGACAAGUCGCCAAGAAUUAUCCAGACAUUAUCCACAAUGACAUAAUUAUCGACAAUUGUUGCAUGCAGCUCGUUUCGAAUCCACAUCAGUUCGACGUCAUGUUGACGACCAAUCUAUACGGCGCCAUCGUAUCGAACGUGGUAUGCGGUCUGUUGGGCGGCGCUGGUCUAUUGGCCGGCAAGAAUUACGGCGACCAUUAUACGGUCUUUGAGCCGGGAACUCGUAAUACCGGCACCAGCAUCGCCGGCAAGAAUGUUGCAAAUCCCAUUGCGAUGCUAAACGCCGCGGUCGAUAUGCUACGUCAUCUGGGUCACAAACAUCACGCUUCCAUUAUACAAAACGCGAUCAACAAGACUAUUAAUCAGGGUGUGCAUACCCGAGAUCUUGGCGGUACUGCGACGAGCAGGGAAGUCGUCGAUAAUAUAUUGAAACACAUUAAAGUCGCAAUUGUUUAAGACUGAAAAUUUUUAUUCUAACUAGAAAUCUCUUGUAGCAGCUGUUCACGGAGAGCGGCGAGUUUAAAAUACCAAGAAUCUUGUGAUUUCUCUUUUUAGUAAAAUAAUACACUAAUAUAGUUUCCACAAUUACGAUAAAGCGAUGUUUUGGUAAUGUGCAGCAACGAAAUUUUGUCUGUGAACGUUCGAAACUGCAAAACAUCUCGCACAAAAUUGUUACCAAAAAAAUCCUUUUACUUAAAUAUACAUUGACAGAUUAUAACUUUCUUGCUAUAAAUCACGAUGUACUCUGUAAUAUUUGUGUAAUAAUCGGAAUUUUAUAAAUAAUAUAAAUAUAUAUACUGUACAUUAUAAGAAAA